AGCGCUGCCGGAACCGCAGGCUGUCAGCGAGCUCCUGGCUGGGUGCCCCCGACCCCGAGCGCCGUCCGCGAUAUGGCCGCCCCGCCGCAGCUGAGAGCGCUACUCCGGGUGGUCAACGAACUGCUGCGCAAUCGCCGCUACCACGCUGCGUUGGCUGUGCUUAAGGGCUUCCGGAACGGGGCAGUCUACGGAGUCAAAAUCCGGGCUCCUCAUGCGCUGGUCAUGACCUUUCUCUUCCGGAAUGGCAGCCUCCGGGAGAAGCUGCAGGCCGUCCUACAGGCCACAUACACCCAUUCCCGGAACCUGGCCUGCUUUGUGUUUAUCUACAAGGGGCUCUGUGCCCUGCAGUCCCACGUGCAGGGAGAGACCCACCAGGUGCACUCAUUCCUGUCUGCCGUCAUCGGGGGCUUCCUGGUGUUUGGGGACAACAAUAACAUCAAUAGCCAGAUCAACAUGUACCUGACAUCACGUGUCCUGUUUGCCCUGGGCCGUCUGGCUGUGGAGAAGGGCUACAUCGCCGAAUCCAAGUGGGACCCGUUCCCAUUGUUCACUGGGCUGGUGUGGGGGCUGGUGAUAUGGCUCUUUGAGUACCACCAGGCUACGCUGCAGCCCUCGUUGCAGUCUUCCAUGACCUACUUGUACAAGGACAGCAAUGUAUGGCAUGACAUCUCAGACUUCCUCAUCUACAACAAGAGCCGCCCCUCUAAGUAA